CAGACAUCGGCACCACGAAACACGCACACUUUUAAUAUCCGGAUUGCGUGAUGAGUGGAGCGCAUCUAUGAACCUCUCCUUGUGACCCACAAACAUUAUGCACACAAGACAGAUUCCUACAUUUGGACUCGAACCAUUUGUUCACAAAAUCGUAUCAACGCGACUUCAGUUUGCGACGUUAGCCGAGUGGUGAUUAGCAGCCAUUGGAGAUGCAUUAAGGUAACGGUGACCGUACAGCGACCAGCAGAGACUUUAAGCACACGCAUGCAGUUCAUCAACCACCGUCUCUGGGCCGGUGUCAGCUGGCAUCCGUGUGGUUGAUGCGAGGAGGACAGACGAGCCGAGGAAAGUAUCGAUCUGAAGCCGAACCGCACGAUGCUAACGAUCAUGUUGUCAAGAGCCGUCGGAUGCUAGCUAGCUCUCUUGUCGGAGCUUACAUCAAUAUUUCCAGGUGACGUUAUUCAUCACUUCUGUUCUGAAGGUGCUGGCUUACACUCCUGGUUAAAGCGAGCACAAGUAAAAAAAAAAAAGAGAGAGCGACGUUAAAAUGGCUUGCGACGUGAGCGGCGUCCCCGAACUGGACCAGAAGAAAUACGACUCGGACGAACAGGUGAAGAUCAUCUGUCUGGGUGACAGCGCGGUUGGUAAAUCUAAGCUGAUGGAGAGGUUUCUCAUGGACGAAUAUCGUCCCCAGCAGUUGUCCACCUACGCGUUGACUCUCUACAAACACACAGCCACAGUGGGACUCAAGACUGUAGCAGUCGAUUUCUGGGACACGGCUGGUCAGGAGAGAUUUCAGAGCAUGCAUCCCUCAUACUACCACAAAGCGCAUGCAUGCAUCAUGGUUUUCGAUGUUCAAAGGAAAAUCACGUAUAAGAAUCUGGCCAGCUGGUAUAAGGAGCUGAGAGAGUCCAGGCCGGAGAUACCCUGUUGUGUGGUUGCCAACAAAAUUGAUGCUGAUAUGAAGGUCACCCAGAGAAGCUUUACCUUUGGGAAGAAGCAAGGACUCCCAUUCUACUUUGUAUCAGCGGCCGAUGGGACUAAUGUAGUUAAGAUGUUCAGAGAGAUGAUCAAGAGAGCCGUGGACUACAAGCAGAACCCCAGCGACUUCAUGGAUGAGGUGAUGCAAGAAUUAGAGAACUUUGACCUGGAGAAGAAGGAAGAUAAUUCAGAAGCAGAAGAGGACGGAUUGAAAGCGGAGAGUCCCGAGGUGGUCUGACGGAUGUUUACAGAUCCUCCAAACCCUCGUGUCGUCUCAUGGACAAGUCGUCCUCCUACGGGGUUGAUGUUUGUAGCUACCACUGGAGGUUGGCAGACUUUAGUCUGGUUUCAAGUCACUGCCCUCCUUCUGUCCCAUGACUGGCAGGGAAAUAAACCUGGUGGAAAACAUAUGAAUUGUGUUCUUUACUAAGUUUAUUUAGCUGCUGUUUUUCACUCGUCUUUCAUACUUCUAACAAUAUCAACUAUAACUAGAAUGGGCACUCGGUAGAGCGCAUACCUUCGCAUAUCACAAGAUUGGGCAUUGAGUUAUGAACAUUUUGGCAUUAGUUGCAUGCCAAUUGAAUAAAAAUUGACCGUGCUAUGGUAAAAAUAAGAUUUUGACCUUUCCAUGACCUUGACCUUUGACCCGAUUGAUCCCAAAAUCUAAUCAAAUGGUUCCCGGAUAAUAACCAAUAAUCCCACCAAAUUUAAUGCGAUUCAAGAGGAUGUUAACCUUUUCAUGACCUUGACCUUUAACCCGAUCGGUCCCAAAAUCUAAUCAAAUGGUCCCCGGAUAAUAACCACCAAAUUUCAUGCGAUUCGGUUUAAAACUUUUUUUGUUAUGCGAAUAACACGCAUACAAAUAAAUAAAUAAAUAAAUACACGGCAAUCAAAACAUAACCUUCCGCAUUUUCAAUGCGAAGGUAAUAACUGUAGAAAAUCCUACAAUUAGUCUGAAUGUUUUAUUUUGUAAUAAGAAUGUGAAGCAUUGAAAACUAACUCAAGCAGAUCAAAGAGAACGUGUCAUUAUGAACUAUCUGCUGCUGUUCUCCAUGUCUGUCCGUAGUGUUUGUACAACGCCAGCGGGGAGCUGCUUCUGUUGGUGACUUUUGUUGCAUUACUUUUAUGAUGUGAAGUCUGUGUUCAGCACCCUUUUAAUGAAAAGUUAAUGUACUAUAUAACUAAAUUGUUGUCACGUG